GGCGUGAUUAAUCAGAUAGAGCGCGAUUUCAUUACCAAGCUAGAAGGUAUAGAUGUAUAAUUAAAUCUGUAAAAGAGCUAAAGCAGUUGAACUGCGCUACGCCUCUGUGUGUGUUAUUGCUGUUAUACAAACCUCUAGUGGUCACUUGACUUUGCUAACUUGGUGCCGCCCAAGCUAGUGUGUUAGCUAUGGACUUUAAUGUGCAGUGAGCUGAAGAUACUGAUUUCUCGGGACAUGCAGGAAGAACUGUAUGGAAAUUGUGCCACAAAUCAGCAUCAUGUCGGAUAAGAGCGAGCUGAAGGCAGAGUUAGAGAGAAAGAAGCAGCGGCUCGCGCAAAUAAGGGAAGAAAAGAAGAGAAAAGAGGAAGAACGCAAGAAAAAAGAGGCGGAGCAGCUGAAAGAACCUGUUGUGGUGCAGGAUGACUCUGAUCUGGAGAAGAAGAGGAGAGAGACUGAAGCGCUGCUUCAGAGCAUGGGAAUUGCACCAGAUGUGCAUGCAGUUCCCGGGCCCUUGUCUCCCACGGCCAAAUCUGCAGGCACCCCGAGUGAGGCAGGUAGCCAGGAUUCAGGAGACGGCACCACAGGACCCAGGACUCUCCACUGGGACUCUGAUCCUUCUACAUUACUGCUUCACUCCGAGCUGGGGCGAGGCCCAGCGAAACUGAGCAUUGUAAAGGUGACUCAGGUGGACUUCCCUCCCAAAGAGGUGGUGUCUUACACCAAGGAGACUCAGACCCCCACCAUGAGCGAGCAGAAAGAGGAGGAAGAAGAGGAGGAAGAGCUGCCUCCUGCAGAAGCAGUGACCGAGGUGAAGAAGGAGACAUCAGUGCAGGAACAAGAAGAAGAAGUGCCCCCUCAUGAGCUUACCGAGGAGGAGAAGCUGCAGAUCCUGCACUCGGAGGAAUUUAUGGACUUCUUUGACCACAGCACACGCAUCAUCGAGAGAGCUUUGUCCGAACGUGUCGAUGUUUUCUUUGACUACAGUGGCCGUGACCUUGAGGACAAGGAGGGUGAGAUGCAGGCUGGAGCAAAACUGUCUCUGACCAGACAGUUCACGGAUGAGCGCUGGUCCAAACACAGGGUGGUCACCUGCCUGGAUUGGUCCCCACAGUAUCCUGAGCUGCUGGUUGCCUCCUAUAACAACAACGAGGAGGCACCGCAUGAGCCUGAUGGAGUGGCGCUGGUCUGGAACAUGAAGUAUAAGAAAACUACGCCCGAGUAUGUCUUUCACUGCCAGUCUGCAGUGAUGUCAGCUGCGUUUGUUAAGUUCCACCCUAACCUGGUAGUAGGUGGUACGUAUUCAGGACAGAUUGUGCUAUGGGACAAUAGGAGUAACAAGCGAACUCCAGUGCAGAGGACCCCGCUUUCGGCCGCUGCUCACACGCAUCCUGUUUAUUGUGUGAAUGUCGUCGGCACUCAGAAUGCUCACAACCUGAUCAGCAUCUCCACCGAUGGCAAAAUGUGCUCAUGGAGUCUGGACAUGUUGUCCCAGCCUCAGGACAGUAUGGAGUUGGUGUUUAAGCAGUCUAAGUCUGUAGCAGUCACUUCCAUGUCUUUCCCCCUGGGUGACGUCAAUAACUUUGUGGUAGGCAGCGAGGACGGAUCGGUCUAUACGUCCUGUCGGCACGGCAGUAAGGCAGGUAUCAGCGAGAUGUUUGAGGGCCACCAUGGUCCAAUUACAGGAAUCCACUGCCACACAGCGGCUGGUUCUGUAGACUUCUCCCAUCUCUUUCUCACCUCUUCCUUUGACUGGACCAUCAAACUCUGGAGCACUAAGAAUAAUAAGCCGCUCUACUCGUUUGAGGAUAACUCUGACUAUGUGUAUGAUGUGAUGUGGUCGCCUGUUCACCCUGCCCUCUUUGCUUGCGUGGAUGGAGUUGGCCAUUUAGACCUGUGGAACCUCAACAAUGACACAGAGGUUCCCACUGCCAGUGUUACAGUGGAGGGGACUCCUGCUCUGAAUAGGCUGAGGUGGGCACAGACAGGCCGAGAGAUUGCUGUGGGAGACUCUGAUGGACAGGUUCUCAUUUAUGAUGUUGGAGAGCAGAUCGCCGUGCCGCGGACUGACGAGUGGACACGCUUCGUCAGGACGCUCACAGAGAUUAAUGAAAACCGCGAGGAUGCCGAGGAGCUCGUGGCCCAGCGCAUCCCGUCCUAAUCACCACACAUCCAGUGCCAUUCCACAAACAAGCUACAGGUUUUCAAUGCAAAAAAAAAUACAUAAAUCAAUCAAAAGCAUGUGCAUCCACACAAGGCAUGAUGACAGUGCUAAUGAUUAUGAAGACUUCUUUAUCCGAAACCUUUGUAUGGUUUACAACUUUUGCCUUUUCUUUGAGUUUGAGUAAAGAAUGUGGUGAGAGUGAUGGGAAUGACAAUGAAGUUCAGCAACCAGCAGUUUUCCUAUUCUCUUCCAGUACCAGGAGCCUUAAAAUUGUCAGGUAGAAAUCCAUCAGAAACAGUUUCACUCCUGCUGGUAUUUACACCUGAGCUCUUUAUCCCAUUUGAAGGGAUCUAAAACUUCAAUCAAUUGUAAAGUACUGCACAGAGCCUGUUCUUUUCAUUUCUCUUGCUGACUGGUGUCUGAGUGCACUCAUAAAUUCACUGUAAUUUGAAAAUGAAAGCAUCAUUGUGAUACAGGUUUGUAAAAAUUAAAACCCUCAUUGAUGUUUUUUUUUUUUCUUCCCCUGACUAGAAAGUUGUCCAAGUGCUACAGUUUCAAACGCUGGGCAUUAUGACACUCCACGUGAGAAACCAAAGAUUUUACUUGAGUGAGUGGAGUUUUCGGACAGGAGCACUUAUCACCUAUAUUAAAAAAUGGCUGAUAUAAUUAACUCCACAAAAAGAAGCAGGUAUUUUUGUGCGUUUGUCAUUCUGUCUUUCACAAAUGAAGCCACAAAUGAAGCAUCCGAGGAGUGAUGGUGGAUUUAUGAACGCACUCCUGAUUUGCAUAUUAUUGUGGGGCAGCUAAGAUCAAGAGUCCCUGUCAACUGCUAGUCUGGCUCUUACUCCAUUUCUGACUCUAAAUUCUGGUUAUUGAUUAAACACAGUUUUGUCUUCGUGCUCACAUAAACAUCCCAUACUUAUUAUGCAGUGAGAUGCUGUACGAUCGUCAUCAACCCGAGUAUUUUUAAGCCAUUGUUUUACAAAACUGGAUCCUCUUCUUCCAAUUUUACAGUUCUAUUUGUAACCUGUAUGACUCACUUUCCUUCAGCUGAUCUUUGAAUGUCUUUUUACAUCUCUAUAAAUUCCACUUUCUGAACCCAAA